UUUUAGUAAUUUGCCAAAAUGACGAACACAAAGGGAAAGAGGAGAGGAACCCGAUAUAUGUUCUCCAGGCCUUUUAGAAAACAUGGAGUUGUUCCUUUGGCCACAUAUAUGCGAAUCUACAAGAAGGGUGAUAUUGUAGACAUCAAGGGAAUGGGUACUGUUCAAAAAGGAAUGCCCCACAAAUGUUAUCAUGGCAAAACUGGGAGAGUCUACAAUGUUACCCAGCAUGCUGUUGGCAUUGUUGUGAAUAAGCAACUCUAA